AUGGCCUGUCCUGCUCCUCCUGCUACCGUGCUCAUCGUCGGCGGCGGCGAGUUCGGAUCGACAACGGCGCUCGCGCUCGCAGAAGGACCGUAUCGCGGGCACGGAAAUCUCAUCACGGUCCUCGAGCGAGGCGCUGAGCCACCUGCAGUCGAUGCUGCGUCGAGCGACUACAACAAGAUUGUCCGCGCAGAUUACGCCGACCCACUCUACCAGUCGUUCGCGAUAGAGGCUAUCAAGCAGUGGCGGACACCGCGGUGGAAGAAGCACUUUCACGAAUGCGGAGUUGUCGUUGCGGCCGCCGAAACCGAUCCUCAGGCUGGCUAUGUCGUCAACAGCCACAAACUGAACACGGAGGAGGACGUUGGACGGCUUGAGCGGGCGGAAGGCAUCAAGCGGUUCUAUCCAGCGAGCAUUGGGACGGGCGAGUUUCCGGGAGACGUCGCUUACAAGAAUAAGGUCGGCGGCUGGGCAGCCUCUCGCGACGCCGUCGUCGAAGCCAUCGACCUCUCGCGCAAACUCGGCGUAACCUUCGUCUCUGGCGAAGCCGAAUCCCUCAUCAUUUGCCCUGGCCCGAACGGCUCGGACGUCAAGGGUGCGCAGACGGUCGAUGGGCGCGAGUACAGGGCGGACUUCGUGAUCGUUGCGUGUGGGAGCUGGACGCCGAAGUUGCUGCCCGAGUUGGCGACGAAUUGCUUGCCAACGGGUCAGACGGUUGCGACGGUGCAGCUGUCGAAGGAGGAGAUGGAGAAGCACAAGGACAUGCCUGUCUCGCUCUUUAUGGACACUGGAUUCUACUGCUUCCCUCCGAACAAGGACGGGAUCGUCAAGAUGGGCGCCCAUCCACGAUCGCGGCUGGCUCGCUCCCUCCGGCACCUUCCCCUCUCUCCCACGGACCACCCUCUCGUCCGGCUACGAGAAGCAGCAGUUUCCUUCCGUUGCGCUCGACGCAUUGCGACGAGGGAUGCGGCGUGUGCAUCCAGAGUUGGCAGAGAAGGAGAUCGUCGAGACGAGACUGUGCUGGUACUCGGACCGCGAGUCGGGCGACUUCCUGUUCGACUGGCACCCGACGUAUCCCUCGCUCUUUGUCGCCGCUGGCGGAAGCGGCCACGCCUUCAAGUUCCUUCCCCUCACCGGCAACUGGAUUGUCUCAGCUCUCACGCGCACCCUUCCGCCACACCUCCAACGCCUUUGGUCUUUCACCGGCGACAAGAGCCGGCUCGACAAGAGUCGCGGCGAAGGACCGAUCGUGAGGAGGGACUUGGAUACAGGUGCCGUGAGGGAGAUGAGGGUACCUGA